AUGAUGAUGAUGAUGAUGAUGAUGAUGAUGAUGAUGAUGAUGAUGAUGAUGAUGAUGAUGAUGAUGAUGAUGAUGAUGAUGAUGAUGAUGAUGAUGAUGAUGAUGAUGAUGAUGAUGAUGAUGAUGAUGAUGAUGAUGAUGAUGAUGAUGAUGAUGAUGAUGAUGAUGAUGAUGAUGAUGAUGAUGAUGAUGAUGAUGAUGAUGAUGAUGAUGAUGAUGAUGA